AUGAGCCUGGAGAAUGAAGACAUAUGGAGACAAGAGAUGGAAAAUGGCUGCCCGUUCUGCACUCUCCUUUACGAAGCUGUUAGGAAGCUCUACGGAGACUAUUUGACUGAGGGCCGGUCCCUCAAAUGGACGGUUCCCUAUCCACGUACGCCGGAGGCCAUCCGCGAUGACGGUGGAAACUCGAUUUACUUUUGUGUCCCUGAUGACGGCGAUCUGGCUCUUCGUUUGCGAAGGUUCCCCAACUUGUGGCGUGGCAAAGGGCCCUCGGGCGAUGUGAAGCCCAUCCUUCGCAAUACAGCCUCGGAAGAUACACUACAGACGAUCACGGGCUGGAUCAAUGAGUGCACUUCUACCCAUCCUCUUUGCAGCAAUGCCGACAUCGCCCGGUUACCGACACGGGUCAUUGACGUUGGAUCGGGGGAAGACAACAUACGCCUGCAAGAGACAGGACAGUCCACGGGGGUGUAUGCAUGCUUGAGUCAUCCGUGGGGCAAACGGCCUUUGGUGCGCACGCUCAAAGAUAACUUCUCCCAGUUCAAGAGUGGAAUUCCCUGGUCAACACUUCCGCGGACGUUCCAAGACGCCAUCGACUUCACCCGCAGGCUCGGUCUGCAAUACAUAUGGAUCGACUCCCUCUGCAUCAUUCAAGAUGAUUCCCUGGACUGGCAAAAAGAAGCAGCUCAGAUGGCAAACAUCUACCAGCAUGCCUACGUCACAUUGGCAGCUUCUAAGGCGACCGACUCUAGUCGGGGGCUCUACACCUCGUCCCCAGACCCAAAGUACCAGGCCCAACAGCUUUCGCUUGUCAAUGAUGUUGAUGACACAGAUUUCCCGCUACAAGUCUGCUCUGAUCUCCUUCAUAUAGAUGGCUUCUUCGACUUCUUUCCCAUUUCUCGACGGGCUUGGGUGUAUCAAGAACGGCUACUUUCCGCGAGAGUCGUGCACUUUGCCGGCGCGGAGGUCAAUUGGGAGUGCAAUUCAGCGAGAAACUGCGAGUGCGGCCAAAUUUCGUCAGGGGCGAGCGUCUUGCCCGACAAGAUUCAUUUUGCCGGCAGCUUAGCAGAGUUGAACGGGAAGUUCAAAGGGAAACGCCGAGAGCUUGCAGAAGCGACCAGCGACACCACCGACAUAACAACUGAUUACAGCAAGUUUUCGAGCUCGCUCCUUCAAUCGCCUCAAUGGGGUCAAAGCGUGAAGGCUUGGAGACAGGCGGUAAAACAAUACGCACAACUUAACUUGACCUUUUCAAAGGACAGGUUCCCUGCUCUCGCUGGUAUUGCCAAGAUGUGGAACCCACAAUAUCAGGACCAAUACUUCGCUGGACUUUGGAGAGAUUCCAUUCAUCUGGAUCUGCUCUGGCUUGUGUACAAGCCUGGACGGAGGCCCGAUGAGUGGAGAGCUCCCACAUGGUCAUGGGCUUCUCUCGAACAUGAACACCAAGAAUUUCUUCGUUUCGACUCGGAUUUCGAUUGUCUAAACUCGGGGAAAGGAAGUUGGUUCUCUCUGGGCAAGACAGGGACCGAAGAUUAUGCCCCUGUUGCAGAGGUCUUGGAAGCUGUGUGUGUUCCUGCUGGUAUUGAUCCUACUGGAGAGCUUAGCUCCGCGCAUCUCUUGCUGUCGACCAACGCUCUCCAUGGAACUCUUGUUAAGUGGCCUGGAGUCUUCGUUGAAUACGGAUGCAGUCCAAUUUGGCUUGUAAUUGGAGACAUGUGGGUUGCUCAAGGUGACACACAUACUCGGGGAUUUCAGUUGGAUACACCGAUUACCAACACACCAGGACCAUGGUCGAUGCCUGUUCAGAUCAUCCGUAUCACGGAUUUCGGCUUGAAGACCGGUAAUUUUCCUGAGAUGGCGUGUCUCGUCAUUCGGGAGAAAGGUUCAGCGAUGACUGGCGAGGCUGAGUAUGAGCGAAUUGGGGAUCAGGACGUCACAUAUUCAAACUUAUAUAAUGCUUAG